ACAAAAGCAGACAUAUUUCCACACCCGCACCCGCUCCGUCGACUUCAGUUCAGACCUGAGGCUUUAGUGAAAAAAGACGCUAGGACUCGCUGAGUAGGAUUUGUGGCGUGUCGUCUCGCCUGUGAUAAGGUAUCGAUCGUCGCACUGUCGCCAUAAUUCGCGCUCGGAUAUCAUAGGAGAUGGCGAGAUCGGAGCAGACGCUUUUCGUUGUGGUCGGGUUAUGCCUGUCCCUGGACCUGGCGCUGAUGGGCAGCGCGCAGUCGUCGUCAUCAUGUGCGGCGCCCGUCUCGCACAACCUGGUUCUGGCGCAGCAAACCUGUUCGUGCCGAUCCAGCUCGACCUGCCCGAGAAGCGCCACUGGCCUGCCGGCGCUAAAGAAGGAGUUGUGCCCCGAUGCGCUGGCCAAUAGCCCCACCCGAGUACAGCUGGAGGGCCAUGUCGAAUGCACCAGCGACUGCCAGAUUGAAAGUGUGCAAGUAUGGCAGGCCGAUCCCAACGGUCGGUACUCAGCACACAGCCAAUGUUCAGCCUACUUCACCGAGAGAGACUUUGUAGCACACGCCCCCGUGCCCGGCGUGGUGGUGGAGGGACACCAGGCCAAGCACCCGGUGGACCACGUCGGCUUUGUGCACGUGCUGGUCAAGACGGUGGGCGGCGAGUACGUCUCGGAGCAGUUUCGCUAUCCCGGAUUCCCCUACAGCAUGCGCGAUGUGGCCGCCUCCAAGCUGAUGGCCUGCACACAAACGGGAGAAGGCGAGCAGCCGGUGGUGCAAGGAGUCGACCUGCGAAGCACCAACGUCACCUGCAGACUGCCGCUGACCAUGAACUGCGCUGCAUCCACGGAGAGUGACCGUAUCAAGAUCCGCACGUACGUGAACCAUGUCCAGAGUCGUACCAGCCUACCCAGCAACCCAUCUGCCGAACACUCACAUGAACAGCCCAACAUGGCAGGCUGUCCAAAGCUGAAGGAUAUCAGACACUUUUACAACAAGGGAUCAUUGGCCAUCAUCGUGGAGCCAAUUGGUCCUGACAUGGUGGGCCCUAACUGCCAGGUGAUGGACCUACCCAAGGAGGCCAGGGCCGGCUUCGGUCUGCAGUCCACCUACGUGGCGCUGAUCAAGGAGGUGCUGAAGGAGCCCAUCGCGCGACACAACAACAGCUACGCGGGCAUGAGCGCGGACCUUACGGUGAGCACGGGUCACCCAGUGCAGAUACAGUACGCGCUGGACACGCGCUGCUGCCGCGAGCUGAUGCCCGGCGAGCGCUACCUCGUCAUCGGCAUCCCCCUGCCGCUCGUCGGCAAUAGCAACCGCCAGACGAGCGGCAAGAAGGUGUUCCGCGUCUGGGCCGACAGCGUCUUCGAGUCGGGCAAGGCGCUGCGCACCCUGCUCCGUCAGCGGUUGAAUUAGACAAGCCGACUCGUUCCCGCUCCCGUGCAUGAUGUGGUGGGGGUGUUGGCUACCAGUGCUAUUAGUACUCACCAGUAUUCUCUUUGCCACUGUGUCCUGUGCGUGAUGCGGUGACUGUGGCGGUGGCUGUCAGUGCUGCUGGUUUUCCCCAGUUUGUUUUGGCCAUGCAGCUACUGGAUUGUGCAUGCAUGUGAUGUGGUGUGUUAGAACAGGUGCACGAGAAGCGAUCGGACGGCGGAACUGCAUUGUUGCCUGAUAAGUGUGCGCGUGUGUGUGUGUGUGUGUGUGUGUGUGUGUGUGUGUGUGUGUGUGUGUGUGCGUGUGCGUGUGCGUGUCAUUGGUUGUGCGUGUGUCAUUGGUUGUGUGUGUAAGUCUCUGUGACAUCACCUUGAGCACCCCCCCCCUCCCUCCUCAAUCCUUUUGCAUGCCUCUACCAUUCUAUGCUAUGAUUCUUUGUGUGUGUGUGUGCCAUGUUUGCCAUGCCUUUCUUCUUGCACUGCUAUCUACCAGGGUGCACGUAUCUGUGCGCCAUGUAGUUGUAAUUUAGCCAAACAGUCCCACUCUCUUCUUCUUUCCCUCCCCAUGUACAUAGCUGCUGUAGACAUAUACGAGUAAGCUGCAGGAAUGAUUUCACUGCAGUGCAUGCCAGGCGUAAUAAGGCAUGGCAGGAACGUCCUGAUUGUGUGCACUUUGUUGUAAACUAAUGUAGUUGCGAUCAAUAGCUUCCCUCUAAUUCCUUUUGAUCUCUCUACUCAGGGCAAAGUAUAUUUUCCGAGCACUUUGACUUGCAGUAUUUAAAGUUGUUGUGCAAGUUCUGACAUAAUGACCGUAAUGAUUUCAGGGCUAGGGACACACAUUCAUACUCAGGCGUAUUGAUCCGUCUUCAUUUUCAAUUUCAGUGGUGCUACUCUGCACUGUUUUCUCCUUUCGGCAUACUGGUUCUUUUUGGCAUGAUCGCAUACUGCGUACAGCCAGUGA